AGAUUAUAUCUCCUCUCCCCUAACAUGAAAUUGCUGGUUACUGUGGUCGUGGCUGUGGUGGUGGCUCGGGGUAGCGCUGUAGUCAGCUCCUCGUCCCACAUCACCUUUGGAGGCUCAUCUCAUGGCUCUUUAGGGGCUACAUCUCAUGGCUCCGGCUUUACUCGACCUCAUGAAUCGUUUUCUGCACCUCAUAGCUUCUCAAAACCUGUCCAGCAUGGUUCCGCUUUCUCCAGACCUCAUGGUUCUCUGAGUGGCUUUGAUCAUGGCUCAUCCCAGUUGUCUCAUGGUAGCUAUACACCACCUCGGCCAACCUAUGGUGCUCCUGUUGACACCUACUCUCCUCCCAAGCCAACCUAUGGUGCACCUGUUCACACCUACUCUCCUCCCAAGCCAACCUAUGGUGCACCUGUUCACACCUACUCUCCUCCCAAGCCAACCUAUGGUGCUCCUAUUGACACCUACUCACCACCUCAAGACAUCUACAGUGUCCCUACAAAUACUUAUGGAGAGCCAUAUGACACCUACUCGCCUGCACAGGACAUCUACACAGUGCCAACUAAUGCUUAUGGUUUGCCUCUUGACACCUACACACCACCAAGUUAUGGCGGCUAUCACUAAGGCGAAGACACAUCAAGAGGUUUCAGAAGCCUGAGACUAUUUGCUUCUUCACGAGAUUGCAAAGGGGCUUCCAUCCCCAAGAAACGGUGGAUCUUCUAUCGACUGUGGCACCUCGUAGUCUCCCAUGGCACCCCUUUCUCGACUAUGGCACCCCGUGGUCGAGAAUGACGCUCUUGCCUGUGACUGAUUCCUGAACAUCACUCAACAUGUAAAAUAAGAAUGUGUCCCCAAGGUUGCUACACUUCUAAAUAUAUUUGUAUUUUUUGUACUUAUAUGAAAAAAUUACAAUAAGUAGAAUGCAA